UAUGAAUCACAUGUUCCCUGAGAGGACUGGGUUUCGGUGUGACGCCCCUCCCCGCGCCGGUGAUACCGCACAGGACCGUGUAGCUGCGCACACAGACUGGACAGAAGACAGCGGUGGUCUGCUCGAAACUCGCAGAAACACACAAACAAAGAUAUGUCAGAGUCUGCAGGCCGCUCUUCCUCUGUCUCCUCCAUCUCUCUGGUGGAGGUCAAGGCUGAGACUCGUCUAGUGCUCCAAGCUUUCUGCCAUCGAGCCCUCUCCACCUCCCUGAAAGAGAGGCCUGGCCCAGUCGGAGGGGCCUACAGAGAGCACGACAAGUGCAGCUCCAAGCCACAACCAAAUGCAAAGGAUGGCCGGGAUUCUCAAGCUGAAGACGUCUAUUCAGCAGAUGAGAAGAAGCCUGGAUUCAUGGACUUGAUAAAGCAGCUGCCCCGUCAGAGCAGCAUACAUCGUCCUGCCCAGGACCCUAAAGGCUCAUUGGACAGAGACAGUAAGACAAGAGUGUCACACCUCAGAGAUCAAACAGAAGAUGGUGUCAAACUCCCUUCCUCUACAUCAGAAGAAGAGGAGAGCGAGAAGAAACACCCGAAGAAGAUCAACCAAAAGAAGUUAAGAAAAAAGCUCUCCAAGUUCUUCAGGGGAAAGUUAGAUAAACAGGAAAAAGAGGGCCGUGAAACUCUUCCUCAGAGGCCUUGUACAUUGCCAAUCGCCAAGGACGUAGAGCCUCCCCCGGUCCUCAUCUCUCCCAACCACCCUCCUGAGCUUUAUGAUGAAGUAGCAGAGAAGCUGGAAAAGAUUGCCCAGAGGUCUACCAGUACAAAGAAACUGAGUCCCCUAGCCCAGCCCUCACCAGCAGUGCAUGAGAAAGAGGCAAUGGUGCAGCAGCUCGCUCAGGUGCUGUCUCUGGAGGGAGAUUCUAUCAACAUUAAGAUUGAGUCGGACCCCUUCCUACGCUCCAGCCUGGCCCGACUUUCCUAUGCAUCGUUUGCCAAGCUUCUAGACACUUUCAGCAGCAGCCUGGUAUCCGAGGCACCGGUCCAGCUGCCGACGACUAGUCCAACGCUGCGCCGCAUGGCUGUCAGCAUGGAGGUUUCACGACGGAUAGUUACAGCCACGGGAGCCCAGCGCAUGCAAGGCUAUGCAGAGUGUUACAUGGAGAGCUUUGCCCCCUGGAUCAAGAGCCAUGGAGGAUGGGAGAAUGUGGUACAUUUGGAGGAGCCAGUAGAGUACGACUGAUGUCUCACAGAUUCCAGGCGUCUUUUUGUUCCAACCAACCACUGGUUAACACCAAGCUCUGGAUGAUAACGUCAAAGUGAACAGAGGCCGAUGGAUUUUACUACAGAGUCUCGUCUGGACUGUGACAAUUUUCCAGAAGCCACUUUGAUUAAUCAGUCUAGGAUCCAGAAAGUACUUUCACAAGGGGUUAUUGUUUUAACAUGGUCAGAAGAAGAAGCUGUAGAUUAUUUUAUUAAAAGACCUGUUUUGACUUUUGGUUGUAGAUACCUCUGGGACAGGAUUUAGGCCUUUCAAACUUUUAUUUUGUUCUAAUCUGGUAGAGAAUAAACUGUUAUCUCAGUGAGAUAGUUCCACUUGUCCUUAUGCAGGUCCCUCUCAGCUUCACGAGGUUGGGUGCUGCCUCCAGGCACAGGGAUCAACCAGUAGGAGUUGUUAGUGCUGUGACAAGAACAAAUCCUGCAGCAGCUUCCCUCACACAAACACCACCAUGUUCAUGUUUUAUUGUUGUUGAUUUUUAGAAGUACUAUCUAAAUCAUUUGAUCACUGGCAAAAUCAUUGACCAGUCUUUUGCUAUAAAGAUGUACAGUUGUUUCUUGUUGUUUUCUACUGUUUUCUAAAGUUAAACAAUGUGAGGAAAUUUGAAAAGUUUUGUAU